AUAGUAUAUAUACAUGUUUCCACUCUCUUCUCUACUCAAACCAUCCCGUCAUCGACCAAAUCAUCUUCUUAUUCUCUCUCUAUUUUCUUUGUUCUCGCGAAUUUAAACCUCACAAGAAUUCAAAAUACAUUUAAACAUAAAUGGCCAAUCCUAGUGAAGUAUCUUCUGCACUUUGGUUCAUCGAGAAGCAUCUUCUUGACGUGGUUUCUCCCGUGGCUAAAGAUCGUUGGAUGAUACACGAAUCAGCAGCAAAAGAUUCUAGCUUUGAUUCUUCUCCUAUGAUCUUCGGAUCAUCAUCAUCAUCAUCAGCUCCAAUCGAUUGCUCUGAAUCAGAGAUCAAACCUGAAGUCAUCGAUCUCUCGACGCCGAGAUUCAUGGAUUUGAUUUCAACUCCAUCUGAAUUCAACACGGGCGUUUCUGUUUCUGUUUCUGAUUUCGAUUUUAAACCAACUUUUCAAACCGUAAAUCAAUUUGAACCGGAAUUCAAAACUCAAAUCCCGUGUGCCUCAGACGAUUCCCAUUCCAACCGUAAACCGCCACUGAAGAUCUCCGUACCAACCAAAACCGAAUGGAUUCAAUUUAAUCCGCAACCGGAAGUUACUAAACCGGUUCAACCGGACGCGGAAGAGCAAAGGCAUUACAGAGGAGUGAGACAAAGGCCAUGGGGGAAAUUCGCGUCGGAAAUCCGUGACCCGAACAAACGCGGAUCUCGCAUUUGGCUCGGGACGUUUGAUACCGCGAUUGAAGCGGCUAGAGCUUACGACGAAGCAGCGUUUAGACUUCGAGGAUCGAAAGCCAUUCUGAAUUUCCCGCUCGAGGUCGGGAAGUGGAAGUCACGCAAAGAGGCCGACGGAGAGAAGAAACGGAAGAGAGACGAAAUCGAGGAUGAUCAUGUGGCGGUGGUAGAGAAAGUGUUGAAGACGGAACAAAGCGUUAACGGCAAAGAGGCUUUUAACUUGACGGAGUUCUGCGAUUGGGACGUAAUGGGGUUACUUAACUUUCCGCUUUUGUCGCCUUUAUCUCCUCAUCCAUCGUUUGGGUAUUCGCAGUUGACCGUUGUUUGAGUUUUUUUACUAUGUACAUGCCAACGUGGAUUUGUGAUACACGUAGGUGCAUGAGUUUAAAAAAGCAUAUACGUCAGUUUGAAAAAAAAUAAAAACGGAA